AUGUGUGCAGAACCACAGCUCAGGACGGAAGCUUCAUUCUGGAUGUUGGCUGUGGUGAACGUGACUGGAGCCCUGUCCGAGGGGUCACUUUUGCAGCCGGCCUGGGACUAUCUGCUCCAUAAACACCAUGAGGUCCUGAGCAGCCCACUUUUCCCCGUGCUCCUGGCUGUUUGCACAUACUUCUUUCUGAUUGGUCUCUACACCACUCUGGACCUGUUGGCUCCCACCUGGCCCUGCAUCAACCGCCACAGACUGCACCCGGACAAAGCCAUCACUUGGCCCAACAUAUGGACGACACUGGUGCUCACCAUCUCCAACCAUCUACUCUACAUCUGCCCUACAGCUGUGGCACAGUGGCUCUGGAGGUCACCCACACCACUGCCGAAAGAAGCACCUACUCUUUGUAGCUUUCUACUUGGCAUUUUUGGUUGCACUGUGGUUUUUGACUUCCAGUAUUACAUAUGGCACCUGAUGCAUCACAGAGUGCCUUGGCUGUACCGAUCGUUCCAUGCGGUGCACCACCAGUACAAUCAGCCCUUCAGCCUGGUCACACAGUAUCUGUCUGGAUGGGAGCUCGCCAGCGUGGGAUUCUGGGCCACCAUCGACCCCAUAUUGCUCCAGUGCCACUGCCUCACCACAUGGGGCUUCAUGGUAUUCAAUGUGUAUGUCUCCAUAGAGGACCAUUGUGGUUAUGACUUCCCAUGGUCCAUGCACCGAAUGGUGCCUUUUGGCCUUUGGGGUGGGGCACCUAAACACGACAGCCACCACCAGAAGCCUGGCACAAACUUUGCCCCCUUCUUCUCCCACUGGGACUGGCUGGCAGGCACUCAGGCUGCGCCUCAGGCCACGGUGCAGAGGAGCCGGACAUAA